AUGUCCUGGUUCAAGAUCACCCUCAUCCGCUCCGGCAUCGGCAUGACUGAGCGCCAAAACAACGUCCUGAAAGCCCUCGGCCUACGACAUCGCAUGAAGACAGUCUAUCACCCUGUCUCCCCCGACACCGCCGGUAUGAUCAUGAAAGUUAAGGAAUUGUUGACAGUCAGCGAGGUCGACAAACCUCUUACACAAGCUGAGAUCCAUGCGAAGAGACAGCCGCCAAAGGGGUACUACGUCGAGAAGCAGGGAGUAGUAAGGGAAGACAUCGAAGGCUCAUGAGAUAGGAUGGCGGAUAUUCUGGAGGCUUAAUUGUAUCAUGUCAGGGCUGGGUGGGUAGAGAAGGGAAUAUUGUGAGAUAUACGUUGGUAGGGUGAUGAUGAGUGAGGCAUAUAGGGGGGUGUAGAUGGGGUCUUGGGACAUUGGCAUGGGACUGGAGUUAGAUAGACUUGGGUUCCGCUUUAUCCUGGCAUCUACCUGAUAAAAUCGCAGCCUUGCAAUUGUCCCUAUAA